AUGGUUUAUAGAAAUUUGUCACGAUUUGUUCGAUAUGGACUUUGUGGAGGUGUUGCAGUAGGGAGUGCUGUUGUUGUUAUGAAAUAUCAUGAGACCGACUAUGAUUCGUUGGCUAUUGUAAGGCUCACGAGAGCAGCAUAUACAGCCUUUGAUAUAGGCAAAACUUAUAAGACUAUGUUAUAUAGCAGACAAUGGGACAAAAAUUCUACGGAAUAUAUUCAAACAAAAAGUAAAGCUCAUCAAAUCGGUGCUGAGAAAUUGCUUGAAUUAUGCAUAGCAAAUAAAGGUGUGUACAUAAAAGUUGGACAACACGUAGGAGCUCUCGACUACCUGCUGCCUACUGAAUAUGUAACAACAAUGCGUAUUUUGCAUAAAGAUGCCCCUAAAAAUACUGUGGAUGAACUUUACAAAGUUAUAAAAGAAGACUUAAAAAAGGAUCCUAGUGAAUUAUUUAUUGAGUUUGACCCAGAACCACUUGGCACAGCUUCUCUCGCACAAGUUCAUAGAGCUAGAUUGAAAGAUGGAACCGAAGUGGCUGUAAAAGUACAACACCAUUUUGUGAGAAAAAAUACAAAAAUUGAUCUUCAAUGGAUGGAGUUCAUCAUAAACACAAUGUCAAAGGUGUUUCCUGAUUUCCAAAUGCAAUGGCUAGUUGAUGAAACAAAGAAGAAUAUAACAAAAGAAUUGGAUUUUUUGCAAGAAGGUAAAAAUGCUGAGAAAGUGUCUGCUCUGUUCAGAGAUUAUAAGUGGUUAAAGGUGCCUAAAAUAUUUUGGGAUUACAGCACAGAGAGAGUGUUGGUUAUGGAAUAUGUUACUGGUGGACAAGUAAAUGAUGUUAAGUACAUUGAUAAAUACAAGAUAGAUAAAUAUGACCUUUGUUUGAAACUUGGUGAUUUAUAUUCACACAUGAUCUUUGUAAGUGGAUUCGUGCAUAGUGAUCCACAUCCAGGAAAUAUACUUGUAAAAAAAGAACCAGAAGAUAAGGAUGUUACUGUAUAUUUAUUGGAUCAUGGUUUGUAUGCUCAACUUUCUGAGAAAUUCCGUUACCAUUAUUCUAAAUUAUGGUUAUCAAUAAUAGGAAGAGAUAGAGAUGAGAUGAAAAUACAUGCAGAGGAACUUGGCAUACCUAAAGAUCUAUACGGUUUAUUUGCCUGCAUGGUUACAGGUAGACCAUGGGAUGUGAUAAUGAAGGGUAUUGAUAGAACAAAGCCCUCAUCACAAGAGAAAUCAACAUUCCAAAAUGAGCUGCCAAAUUUCUUACAUCAUGUAACGCAAUGCUUGGAGCAUGUGAAUCGUGAGGCACUAUUGGUGCUGAAGACAAAUGAUUUGAUUCGUAGCAUUGAAUACGCAUUGGGUAUGCAGGAAAGGAUGUGUGGCUUUAUGGUCAUGACUAAAUGCUGCACAAAGAGUAUCUACCAGCUUGAAUAUAAGAAAGAAAAAUCGCUAAUUAGAAGGCAGUAUUUAAAUGUAAAUUAUAUAUGGUCACUGUUGAUACUUUACCUCUAUAACGUUUUUUUGAAAUUAAGAGAAAAAUUUAUAACGUACAGUUAG